UUGUACUAGUGUUGAAUCAGUGAUCAUCAUGCCUCCUAAAACAAGCGGUAAAGCCGUGAAAAAGUCGGGCAAGGCCCAGAAGAACAUUACCAAGUCCGAUAAAAAAGGACGCAAGAAGAAGCGUAAGGAAAGUUACGCCAUCUACAUCUACAAAGUGUUGAAACAAGUUCAUCCUGAUACUGGUGUCUCUAGUAAAGCCAUGAGUAUCAUGAACAGUUUCGUCAAUGAUAUCUUUGAACGUAUCGCAGCUGAGGCGUCCAGACUUGCGCAUUACAACAAACGUUCCACCAUCACCUCCCGGGAAAUUCAAACUGCAGUGCGUCUUCUAUUACCUGGUGAAUUGGCCAAGCACGCCGUCAGUGAAGGAACUAAAGCCGUCACCAAGUACACCAGCUCUAAAUAAACUUCUUAUUCCCUCAAUCAACCAAACGGCCCUUUUCAGGGCCACCAAAUUUUUUAAAACGUAUA